UCUUCAGCAUCAAAAUAUAUCAUUCACAUUUACAUUGUCUCUAAGAAGCUUAAUCUCCUACGACGCGUUAAUGGCUCGCACCAAGCAAACAGCCCGAAAGUCCACCGGCGGUAAGGCUCCUCGCAAGCAAUUGGCGACUAAGGCUGCUCGGAAAUCGGCUCCGGCGACCGGAGGAGUCAAGAAGCCGCACAGAUUCCGUCCAGGGACUGUUGCGCUGAGGGAGAUCAGGAAGUACCAGAAGAGCACCGAGCUUCUUAUCCGAAAGCUUCCGUUCCAGCGGCUGGUUAGAGAAAUCGCUCAGGAUUUCAAGACCGAUCUCCGAUUCCAGAGUAGCGCCGUUGCGGCUCUGCAGGAGGCGGCGGAGGCCUACCUCGUCGGAUUGUUCGAAGAUACUAACCUGUGUGCGAUUCAUGCUAAGAGAGUCACGAUUAUGCCUAAGGAUAUUCAAUUGGCCAGGCGGAUUAGAGGUGAGAGAGCUUAGAGAGCUGUGAAGUUUUCGAUUAAUGGUGUAAGUGAGAGAAUUUGAAAUGUAGAAUCCACGUUUAGUUAGUCUGUAUCUGUUUUGCUUUUGCUUCUGUGGAUUUUCUCUCUAAGAUCAAAUUGAGAAUAUAUUUGAUAUGAAAAUCCUAAUUAUGUGAUCAAAUGGAGCAUGUGAUUUAGGUAACUCUUUUGGCUUCUCUGGAUUUUUGUUGCUCCUACCAAGAUGAGAUCAAUAAUUGUCAAAACUUAUGAUAGCUCAAAAUCUAGAAAACUUCAAAAGAUUAUCUUCUAUCUGACCA